GCACUAGAAUUAUGGAGCCUGCCUUCUGCUUUUUGAAGUGUAUUUUUUUACAGAACUGAUGUUAACAGCUGUUUCUGAACUUCAGUCCCAGGCUGCUUGUGCUAAGAAGCCAGUGCAGCCACCCACCCUUGGCGUUCAUCUCCAUGCAGCAGCAGAGGAGCUGAGGCACUAAUGCCUUGAAACCUUCAGUUUUAUUCUUUCUUGACUUGCUAAAGAGUAGCCCAAUUCUUCAGGACUUCCAGCAGUGUGAAAUGUAAUCAGAGUUUUAGUGCAUUUGUGUACCAGAGUGAUGACCACUGUAGAAGGUGAAUGCUAAUUACUUUAAGUUCUUUUUUGUGCUUGGCUAUCUGAAGUUAGCCCCCUCAGCCAUUAGAUCCAGUUACCUCUCAUAUUUCUGUUUACAAGUUUUGUCAAAGUAUCAAGAUGUUGCAAGGGGUUUGGACAUGUAAUUCUCCUUGUUUCCACUCAUGUAGUUAAUCAGUGUAAAGGCCUGAAGGGAGGACACAGGUUAUUUGAUCCAAUGGCCUGGUAACAGAUUUUUUUUUUUUCUUUUACCCUACUGCUUCUAUGUUUAGAGUUUGAUUCUGUGCCAUGAAUGUCAACUGUGAGAUUUCUUUGAUUCAUCACACAUUUUCCAUCUCUUAAAUGUCGCUGAUUUAAGCAAUGGACUAAUGCCCUUUUAUUACUCCUCACUAGUUGUCAAGAAGAAGCAAAAUUAUACUAGUGUGCAUGAAGCAGUGAAAGCUGGGGAUGUAGAACAGCUUGCAUUGAUGAUAAAAAGUGGAGCCAGUAUUAAUGAGGUGGAUGUAGUUCACAAAUUCACACCCUUGCAGUGUGCUGCUCACGUGGGAAGUCUGGAGUGCCUUCAGUGGUUGCUGUGGCAUGGAGCUGACACCACACAUGUGACUGUGAGAGGCUGGACAGCGGCUCACCUGGCAGCCAUCCGAGGGCAGGAUGCCUGCAUGCAGGCCCUGUUACUGAACGGAGCAGACGCAGCAGCUCGGGACGAGCGCGGGUGCACGGCCUCGCACCUGGCUGCAGCCCACGGGCACUCGUACACCCUGCAGACCCUGCUGCGCACCGGGGUGGAGGCAAAUGUUUCAGAUGGGAAUGACUGGAAACCUGUUCAUUAUGCUGCUUUUCACGGUCGCUUGGGGUGUUUGCAGCUUCUUGUUCGAUGGGGAGCAUGUGUAGAUGAUGUGGAUAACAAUGGAAACCUUCCAGCACAUCUGGCAGCAGUGGAAGGACACUUGCAUUGCUUUAAGUUCUUGGUCGGGAAAAUGUCCAGUGUUAUGCAGACUCUGAAAGCCAGGAAUGACCAUGGAGAGACUCCAAGAGACUUGGCUGAACGGUUUUAUAAAGAUAAUAUUCUGCAAUAUAUUGAUGGUGUGGAAAAAGAGGAGGAACAUCCAGAGAUGCAGGAAGUUUUAGCUUUCCCAGCUCAUGAUGCUGCUUUCAAAGGGGACUUGUUAGUGGUUAGAAGACUAGUGAGAAGUGGAGUAAUCAAUAUUAAUGAGCGGGACGAUAAGGGAUCCACUCUCCUGCACAAAGCUGCUGAACAGGGACAUAUCCAUUGCUUACAGUGGUUGGUUGAAAUGGAAGCUGACUGUGACAUUACAAAUGAUGCUGGAGAGACUCCAAAGGAUGUAGCCAAGAGAUUUGGCCAUCUGGCAGCUGUGGAACUUUUGGCACCAAGAACUGCAAACAAUAACUCUAGCGAUGAAGAACUAGAUGCAAACAACAUAAAGUUUUUUGAAACACAUGGUGUGGAAGGGAGUACAGAUAGCAAAGAAGAUUUAACCCUGGAUAAAGCAGAGAAAAGGAAUGCACGCAUAAGGGCCUAUAACAAGAUUAAAGAACUUCAGCGACUUCUAGAAAUUGCCUACAGCAACUACAGACAGCUGGGGGGAAUAACUGAAGAGGAGAGGAAGAUGAAAACAGAAGAAAGGAAAGCUGAGAAGGCUGUGAGGGAGCUGGAGGCCCAGCUGGAAUAUGAGCGAGUCAGGCGGGAGAAGCUGGAGAGCCAGCUGGACGAUUAUCGUGCUGAGAUAAACCAGCUCCGAGAGGGCAGGGGGAACACCCGCACCGUCUCUGCUGCCUCCGCGAAAGCUGAGACAAUGGCCAAGUCUUGCAAAGACAAGAAGAAAAUAAAGAAGCAGCCAGCCUGCAGCCCAGGAGGAGCAAGACUACGCUGAGGAACGAACCUCAAAGGAGGGGCAGCAGACUGUGGAGGAAAUUAGCUGCAAACAGAUGGAAGAAUGUACCAACUCUAGAGCAGAGCCUCCUAAACCUCCCGGAUUGCUGCAGGUGCGACAGAACAAUUCCAGAAGCCAAUGGCUGUCUCAGAUGCCGUAGCCUGCACAGCAGCACAGCCGCAGUGCUGAGAUGGGAGGUCCUGCACAGCAGCCUGAGGAGCUGUGUUUUCAGGGACACAUCCCAACAACUAUGCUGGAAGCCUCAGAGCAACACAGGCUACAGGGGCUUUUACUACUGUCACUGGAAACUGCACUACAGGAGAGCUGGCUGCACCAGAGCUCACAUUAGACAGCACAGGUUUCCCAUGGAACCAAAGUGACAGCAAAUUUGAAAACAAGCUGUCAAACACAGCAGCAUUCCUGAAGCCUGACAAGCUGUCCUUUGGAUUAGUUACAUUGCUGUUUCAAUUAGUGUUAGAAUAAAACUAAUCACCUUUUCUUUUGAACUUAUUCUCACUUCCAAAUAUAAUGCAUUACUCUCUUUUUAUCCAGCUCCUACACAAUAAAACCUUCACUGGUUACAUAUAUAUUGAGAAGACUAAUCUCAAAUCAGACUGAAAUUUGUUCUGCUUGGCAGGGGAAAGUACAAGCGCUGCCAUACUGAAAUUGUGUGUGGAGACUCAAUCGGAGGCUGAACUGGUCACUCUCAGACCAGUCCUGAAUGAUAACAAACUUUCAGGCUAAUGUAAAGGACCCCAGCAAAACAUCUGUAGCAACUCCAUCACAUCAAUCAAUGGCUGCUGCAGCAAGCAGAGGUACUGUCAAACUGGGUAAGGUAUUUAGGCUUUCAGUUUUUUUAAACCCAUGUCCAUAUUUGCCCUAAUCCCACUUCUGGGCACAAUCCUAGUCCUACUGUGGCAUGCUCCCACCUCCUCUGUGUUCUCUAUCACAUUUCUUCCAGCUAGAGGGGGGAGGGAAAUCUCCUCCACCCAAUCCAGGCUGUCUGAUGCUACAGACAUGCUGUCUCUUUUAGAAUAUACUCCUGGAAAGAAUUUUAUACAUCCACAAUCCAGUACCAGUACUCACCUCCUUGCCUAUCACAUACCUGCCAAAUAGCGAAUGGUAUCAAGUUUAUUCGAUUCCAUGAGCGUUUUUAAGGAAGCUAUUUCAGUGUCAAUUUUAUUACUGAUUUCUGAGAUAAUGCCAUUGGUAUGUGCAUCCUGAAAUAUUAAAAGUAUAUAUUUGACAAUGGUCUCUAACCCCUUCAACUUUCCAAAGCUCAACUAAAAUACUAUGGUAUCAGAAAUAAGAAGCAAUUUCCAACCUAUCUCUGCUAAGAGACAUUAGAAGACAGAGAACAUUGCUUUAUACAAUCCAGGAAGUUUGCUGAAGGGAUAGAGACAGAAAAAAAGAAAACUCCAAUGAUCAUAGAAUCACAGACUGGCUUGGGUUGGAAGGGACCUUAAGACCAGCCCCCCUGCCAUGGGCAGGGACACCUUUCACUAGACCUAACUAGGUUUGUGAGAGCCCCUUCCAGUCUGGCCUUGAACACUGCCAUGGAUGGGGAGUCCACAACCUCUCUGGGCAACCUGUGCCAGUGUCUCACCACCCUCAAGACACAGACUUUGUCUCUGAUGUGCCAGUGGCUCCUAAAAUAGAUAAUCUACAGCACACAGAACAGUAUUCCUGCAUUUUUGAAAAACAAAGGUUUAAGCAUUCACAAGGCAUAUUGCAAAAAUGGAAGAUAUGCUCAAUAUGGGACAUUGUCCCUCUUCAGCCUCUUAGACUUUGCUGUCCUCCAGCAGCUUUGAGGACUUGCAGCUCUUGAAUUGCUUGGCUGUAAGCACCUACACCAUCCCUGUGGCACAGCUCAUCAGUUAAUACUGGGAAAAGGGCAGCAUGAUAGCUCAUGUCCCACCUGUGCCAGCCACAAGGUACUUGGGAAGUGAGGGACAAGGCUGGAGCACCUCCCUCUGCUGACUGGAGUUUAGCGUGAAUCCCACAGGCAAGAAACACAACAGCCCUAUGUGAUAGAGCCUGGCCUUUUGCUUUACCAUACCCAAAAUGUAUUAGCUUUCACCAAAGUUUGGGGUUUACAUAACAUGCAAUGCAUAAGUAUAUUCUGCUUCGUUCACUACUUACUUUUUUAUGAAACUCUGUAGUUGCUUCCAUCAGUUUCCUCUCCUGAUCUGUAAACUGUGGAUAAAAGAUAAAUCACAACUCUAGCAACAGAAACACAACACAGAGCUAAUAAGGGCAUCUUCACAGACCACUUACCAUAUCUGUCACCCUGCUCCUCUCCAGGUUUAUGUCUAGCUUGCUGUCAGCUCGGAUUUUUCCUGUUUCAGUCUUUAAAACAAAUUAAGAUUAUGAAAAUAGCUAUUUAUUUUCUCUAAUGGGAGUGUGUGGAUAUUUGGUGUUUACUUACCAUUAGCUGCUGUUUAACUUGAUCUAAUUCAAUUUUCAUUUUCUAAGUGCAAAGGAGAAAAAAAAUUUUUACAAAUUCAGGGAAAUUAAACAAAUUAACAAAUGAUGUGUUAGCUCUGCAUCCAUGCAAUUAUUCUUCCCCAUUUUUCCUCCCAAUGGGGCAAUUUGUUCUUGAUUAAAUAUCCUAACCAAUGUGUUUGGAUAUACAGGCAUAUAUAAUCUAAUGGGAAUUUAGUUCAAAAUAAAGGAAUUCUUUUGUAACAA